AUGGUGGAGAACAGGACAGAGAUGACUGAGUUCCUCCUGCUGGGACUGACUGAUGACCCACACCUGCAGGUUCCCCUCUUCUUCACCUUCCUCCUCAUCUACACCAUCACUGUGGCUGGGAACCUGGGGAUGAUCCUGCUGAUCCUCCUGGACCCUCAUCUGCACACUCCCAUGUACUAUUUCCUGGCCAACCUGUCUCUGGUGGACUUUGGAUACUCCUCGGCUAUCACUCCCAUGGUCAUGGCUGGGCUGCUUACAGGAGACCAGGUCAUUUCCUACAAUGCUUGUGCUGCUCAGCUGUUCUUUUUUGGAGCAUUUGCCACUGUGGAAAAUUACCUCUUGGCCUCCAUGGCCUAUGACCGCUAUGCCGCAGUGUGUAAGCCCCUACACUACACCACCACCAUGACAACAAGAGCGUGUGCAUGGAUGGUCAUAGCCUCCUACAGCUGUGGCUUCCUGACCGCCUCCAUCCAUGUCGGAGACAUAUUCAGUCUCUCCUUCUGUAAUUCCAAUGUACUCCACCAUUUUUUCUGUGAUGUUCCAGCAGUCAUUGUUCUUUCCUGCUCUGAUAGACAUGUGAGUGAGCUGGUUCUUUUUUAUCUUGAGUCCUUUAAUAUGUCUUUUGCUCUCCUUGUUAUUUUGAUAUCCUAUGCAUUCAUUUUUGUGACCAUCCUAAGAAUGCACUCGGGUGCAGGAUAUCAGAAGGCUCUGUCCACCUGUGCCUCCCACUUCACUGCCGUCUCCAUCUUCUAUGGGACAGCCAUCUUCAUGUACCUGCAGCCCAGCUCCAGUCACUCCAUGGACACAGACAAGAUGGCAUCCGUGUUCUACACCAUGGUGAUCCCCAUGCUGAACCCACUGGUCUACAGUCUGAGGAACAAGGAGGUCAAGAGUGCACUCAUAAAAAUUAUUUUGAAGGCAAAAGAAUCCUUAGAGUCUUGA